AUGCGCUCGAAAAUAUUUGACGAUGCCGAUCUCGAACGACUACAACGUGAGGCCAUUCCCUCAUCGAAUGAAUUGGCUAUGGCUGGGGAUGUUGCUCCUCAGGCGACAAAACAGCAUCCACGCGUGGAAGCCACCAUGGAUAUUCCAGUUGUGGUUGAUUCCGAUGAUGAUGAAAUGGUCUCCCUAGAACUAGAGCAAAUGAGGAGCAUAUUGGAAGAGGCGAUUUUGGAAACGUGCAGCAUACCUCUUGAAAAUCGACCGCGACUUCACCGCAUAUCCCAAAGCAAACGAAAUCAGGCUGUCGUGAGGGCUCUUAACCCAAUGCUGGUGAUCUAUUUGGAAGCCAGGCGGGAAGUUUGCGAGACGAACUCAAUUCGUUUUGGCGCCGCAGUGGCAGUAUACCGUAUAGCAAAGGCAAGGGCCCUUAUGGCAGACUGGCUUCAGGUCGGGUAA